GUAUUUUGUUUUUAAAAGGAGCAUUAGGCUGGUUCUUGUAUGCAGUUAAUUUACUUGUGGUUCAGUUUAAUUUUUUCAAAGCUUACGUUCAAUUUGUGUUAAGUGGGUUUAGAAAAACUCUCUUUGUAGAGCUAUUUGGUCCAAUUACUAAGUCAUAGCCCCUCUGGUGUCUCCACUGAAUGCUGCAUGUGAUUAGUGAGGAUUCUUUUCUGGUUAGUCGUAUCUUGAGCACUUUCCAUCUUUGAAUGAGCUCUAGGAGCUAUUUAAUUCACAGUUAGCUGGUUUUUGUAUGCGCAUCCUCAAGGAGUUUCAUGCUAUGCACGCACAGCAUAGUGUUCAUCAGAGGCUCAAGGAGGCCCCAUGCAGAUUUCCAGAGCAGUUUUUCUGCAUAGCUCUCCAUUGUCCCUCAUUACCUUUUGAGCCCAUUAUAUAUAUUCUUAGUUCUCUGUCAAUGUUUUUUUUUUCUCUCCUUAGUUUAAUUUCCUGGCCGAUCCUCUCAGUCUCUUCCAGUAUCAGCAUUCUUAAUUCCUUUCUUGUUUCUUUUCAUCACCCUGACCUGGAAAAACCUCAGCAUUGAGUGAAUUUAGUGUCCAUUUUCCCCCAGGGCGGGCUACUCUGGCAGUUUUGUGCAGCUGCGUACAGAACUGGGUAGACUGGUGUCAAUGCAAAUAUUUCAUUGGUGGUAACCUGAGCUCCUCCUGUGAUUCUGCCCUAAAGAUAUCUUCUGUUUCACUUUCAACUCUUUCUGUCAUUAUCUACUGCUAUGCUUUCAAAUACUCUCAAUUAUCCUGAAAUCUCUAUGCUUCUCCAUCUGUUGAGAAGUGCCUCUAUUUCCUUCCAAAAUUUAGAACAAUCCUCACUUUAUACCCAUUCUUUUUUCCUGAGUAUAUGUUAAAUGGACUGACAUAUACCUUUUUAGAACCAAGAUUAAUUUCUUUACUUAUGCAUGGAUGCCAUUUUUUUUUACUAAUAAUGGCCUUUGAUAUAAUGAACAUAAAAUAUAUAUUUACUGUGAUUCAACAAAUCCUGAUCUAACAAAUUCUUAUCUACCAGCAGUAUUUAAACCAUCCCUCCACCCCAUGAGGAUCUGGUUACUCUUUUACAAUUACAUUUAUUGAGGGUGAUCUUCUCUCCCCUCCAUUUCCUCACUCCCAUACAUUGAGUCCAUAGUAAGUUGACGUUUCACCAGACAGCCCCAUCUAACUUAUUUUACCUUUUCUAAUGGGUUCUCUGUCAACACCUGCUACCUUAUUUAGAUGUCCCCCACACCCUCUCCUUGGAAGGCCUCUUUUUUUUCCUACCAAAUUUUUAAUAGGUGGAAUUCAUUAAAGUUUUUAGAAAUCUAAAAGUUCUUUUCUAGGAAAUACAUGCCUCAGAGAUUUUCAGAACAUAGACAGGGUCAUUUGUUUAUUCUCUAAGCUCUCACUUUUCAAGCUUCACAACUAUUUGACCUUAUCCCAGAAGAGCAUUCAGAGAAAUGUUUUCUUUCAGUUACCUAUGACAGUGUCUUGGGAUAUUCUUUUUCAACACUCAUAAUUAAUUUGUAUAAUUAGUAUGAUGAGAAAAAUGUUUAGAGAUUUUUCUUGGAGACGCUGUCAUUGAUGUUAGGAAUAACAUAAUAAUCACAGCUCAAGAGAGAUGAGGUCAGGAAAACCAAACCUAUAAUUGAGAGUUCAGCUUUUCUGUCCCAUGUCAAACCUGGUAAUCACUGGGUCUAACAUUCUGGAACCAAGGUUACUCAGGUGAGUGGAGUUUUAUUUCAGACUUAGAAACUGCUUGGGAAAGAAAUGGGAUGAAUAUCUGAAGGUGGAAAUCUACACAAUGUCCAGACAUUUUACGCUUUUUCACAAAAGCAUAUGAGAGUCCCUAACAGAGCCCACCUGGGAAGGGAUGUUCUCUGAUGACUGCGAAGAUUCUCUUCCCACCCACUUGCUUACAGUGUCUCAUUGAUUCUUUACCUGCAUUCGGUCUGUUAGAAUCAUCACUUCUGUUCUUUGAUAAAACAUUCUUAGUCUGAGAUUCCCUAAGCAUGGGAUCAAGAUGAAUUAAGUAUAUAAUAAAGAACAUUAUAAGGCUGGGGUACAGACCAUCUUAAGUAAAAGUUAAUGUUUUUUGUUUCCACUGGACCUUAUGUAGGUGAGACUGAAAUUGGGAAAUUCAUUUAUACUGAAAAAUUCUAUGUGUGGACUGCAUGGAAAUUUUAAGACAUUGUCAGAAUCUACAUCAGAAUUGAUAGACUAGGACAUUACAUGUUAUUAUAAAUUCUGAUCUUCAAGUCAAAAUAGUAUUUGUUAGAAUACCCGAUUACAGAAGAAGGCAUGCUAACCAGUGAAUAUCCUCACAGCUGGGCCCUCAUUCCUGAUUACAUUCUUGGGUCCGAGACUUAGAUUAUGAGAUGUGAUAUUGGUCUUACCAUCAGAUGUCUGAUGUGGGUUUUGCCUUCUGUUCUCUGUUUCCUGAGAGCAAGUAUGAUGGGUCAGGGCAGUGACUAGCACAGGACUCAUAUGGGUUUGAUGAUUUAGUGAAAUUUCACUGUACCUCAAGGUGCAUGGAUUAGUGUAGGGAGGCAUCUCUACCUAAAAUUCAUGUAUUUUUUAAAAAAUGACUUGGUGACUGUAUGUUUGAAAAUUUUGAUAAACUUUGAGAGAAAUUGCCUAGUUGCUCAAAAAUUCUCUUGCUAUUUUGAUUGAUAUUAAAUUGAAUCUACAAAUUUGAGGAAGUUUCAAAUCUUGACAACAUAUUAUAUUUUCCCAUCCAAGAACAUGGAAUUUAGUUCUACUCAUUUAUGAUUUCUUUUAUGCUAUUUAAAUUUUUACUUCUAUGUUUCUAGCAUAUUACUGGUCUAGUUUAAUCCUAAGAUUUUAAAAGUGUGUAUGCACAAUAUAUUUUAAAUAUUUGCUUGUGUAAUAUUUGAACAAAUUACAAUGUUAUUACAUCUAAAACAUUUCCAUUGGCUCUUUCAAUGUAACACAAAUGAUCUAAUUUUCAAAGAGGAAUAACUUUUUCCUGUCAUUUCAUUGACCAAGUCAGAAAAAUAUUGAAUACUUGUGUGCUUGUGAUCAUGUUAGUUUUUUUUCUUAAUGAAAUGGGAUUGCUUCUAAUGUUCAGUGUCAUAUUAAUCAUGUGUACUUUUGAAAUAUAUCUUUGCUGUGCUAGUUAUUAUUAUUAUUAUUAAUUAGGAUUAUUAUUAAGCUAUACUGCUCAGUUAAGUUUAGGUCCUUGAUUCAAAAGUUGUAUUAAAAAUUAUAUUGUUUUAUAGAAAGAUAAUGUUGGGCAAAUAAAGAGUGUUUGACAGGUUCUAGUGCUACAGAAGAUACUUGAACACCUAUCUCUCAGAAAGGUCAAGCUUUUACAUCAAUAAAAACAAAUAAAACCUUCAAAUCAAGCAAGGAUAUGUAGUUUUGAAUAACACAAUUAGUGAUUUAAUGCACCAAAUAUUUAAAAUUAUUAAGUAGAAAGUCUGCAUUUUAUGUUAAGAAAUCUAUUAAUGUAAAGAACAUAUUGAAAUAACUUUUGAUAUGAAAGUUCAUGUCAUUAAUUUGUUUAUUCAUUUACUCAUGUAAUAGACAUUUAUUGACUACCUAUUAGUAAUAGAUUGUUCCAAACCCUAGCUAUGGAUUGAAAACUAGUGAGAAAGAUCCCUGAUUUCAUGGCCCUCAUAUUUCUAUUGGAGGAAAUGGUCUUCCUUCUGUAGAAAUAAGACCAUCUGAUAAGAUAAGUUCAGUUGUAAAGACCACAAGAAAUAUCCUAGGUGAUGAGUAGAAACAAACUGGAGGGAUUUAGUGCAUGACAAUAGAACAGGGUUCCCAGAAGGGAGAUUUCUUUAUAAUUUUAAAGAAAUUAUAAUGGAAACUGUAUUUCACUGGACUUUAAGAAAUUCAUGUGUCUUUCUGUUCUUUCCAGGUUCUAUGGAUUUGAGCAAAGUCAUUGUACCUCAGACACUAACGGCAUGAUUUCUGUUGACUUGCCAAUACUUAUGCUCAUCCUUGCUCAGACUGGGAUAGGGAUUGUGGGAAAUGCCUUACUCUUUUGCCAUUAUAUCUGCUCUCUCUUUAGGAGACAUGUAUUGAGACCCUUAGAGCAAAUAAUCAACCAUAUUGCUUUAGCCAAUACUUUGGUCCUUCUUUGUGGAGGACUUCCUCAGACAAUGGCAACCUUUGGGAUGAAAUUUUUCCUAGAUGAUGUUGGAUGUAAACUUGUCUUGUAUUUCCAAAGAGUGGCCUGGGGAAGUUCCCUCAGCAUCACCUGUCUUUUGGGUAUCUUCCAAGCAUUGCAUACUAACCCCACGAACUCCAGAUGGGCAAAACUCAAAUUCAAAUCCCCAAAGUAUGUCAAUUCUUCAUGUAUCUUGAGCUGGAUAUUUCAUUUGCUGGUAAAUACCAUUGUUCCUAUGAGAGUAAGUGGACCAGAGAAUAGCAAAAAUAUCAGCAUGAAAUUAAAUCUUGGACACUGCUCUCGUGUGUUUCUUAACACAAUUACAGAAACAAUGUGUUCAGUUAUUUUCUCCUCUGUUGAUGUUAUUUGUUUGGGACUCAUGAUAUGGGCCAGUGGAUCCAUGAUAUUUUUCCUCUGCCGGCACAAACAGCAAGUCCAAUACAUUCACAGAACUAGGAAAUCACCCCAAAUAUCCUCAGAGACCAGAGCCACAAAAUUUAUCCUGAUAUUUGUGAGCAUGUUUGUCUUAUUUUAUUCUCUCUCUUCUGCUUUUGAAACGUGGGUCUAUCUUUUUGACAAUCCACCAUGGCGGCUGGUGAGCACCAGCAUGCUUCUAACAUCUUGUUUUCCAACCUUCAGUCCCUUUUUGCUCUUAAAAAGUGACAACCAUAUCUCCAGCCUCUGCUCCUUUUGCUGAGGAAGUUGUAGAACUUACCCUAUGUUUGUAUAAUAUUGAUUCAUCCAUCAUCUCACACUUCAAAGUAACUUCUGUAUAUGACACACGCUUUAGGCACAGUGGUGAGCAGAGGCUAUCUGCUCCAAUAAAGUCUAUGGGGAACCCAGACAUCAAACAAACCGUUAUACACAAGAGGUGCACAGAUUGCUGCAAUAAGGAGCUCAGGAUAGCAUGUUUCAGAACCACAGAAAGCUUCCCUUUGUAUCUGCACUUUAGACUACUCCCUGAACAUUUUCAAGGAGUCCAUCCACCAUAGUGGAUGUUUUAGGCAAAUGGAAAAGCAUGUUUGAAUACACUUUGCAGGAAGGAACAUGGAGCAUACAAAGAACUGAAAGAAACCCUAUGUGUCUCAUGUGCCGAAAACAAGAGAAUUCAGUAGGAGCUGAAGUUAUUGUGUUAGGGUGGAUGACAAUUUGCCAGAUUUUACAGGCUAGGUUAAGAAUUUGUACCAUGAAUCCCAACAGUAAUUUCAGGCAGUUUAAGGAUUUCUAUUAAGGGUAAAGGAGACAUUUAAGAAAUUAUCCAAUCUGGCUAACAAUUAUGGGCACAGUUUAUUGACCUGAUCAAGAAUAAGCUUGGGAGAAAGAAUAAGGAGAACUUUGAAGUAAAGCAGGUGAGAGAGGAUGAGGAUUCUGACAAAGAUGAUGAAAAUCACCAUGAAGGGGACCACAAGGACGUGAGAAAUACUUCCUUGGAAAGAAGUAUGCACUGAACUUGACAAUUGUUUCAUAAAGUGUUGUUUAAGGCCAGUACGGACAAUGACUCAUAAUGACUCGAGCAACUGAAUUGGUUGUGAUGAUGUUUUUUGAAAUGAAAACUGGGGCAGCUGUAGUUUGGGUGUAAAGAUACUGCACAUUCUUUUUAGCAUGCUGAGUGUGUUAUGUCUCUAAGGCAUUGCAACAUGCAUAUCUCUGGUCCUAUAUCACUCACACGUAUAUAUGAGUGGAGCAAAGAUGGAAGGAUUGUUUUGGAAAUGCACAUUUGUCUGUCAACAACAUAUAUUGGUAAUAGGAGCUUAGGUAGCAUUGGAAUAAGGGAAAGGGAAAUUUGAGAGUGGAGAGGAUAGGCCUGAGGUCUAUAAGUUAGCUUCAUUUAAAGAUCAGAUAGAGGAGGUGGGCUUACAAUUUUAGUUCAUUUAUUCAUUGAUUUUAUCAAGAAUAUUCAAUGAUCCCUUAUUAUAUGCCAGUCAUUGUGAAAUCACAGGUGAUACUGGGUAUAUUAAUAA